CUAGUGGUUACAUUCAGUAAUUUCAUCUUUAUUUAAUUUCUUGUCAUCUGUGUUUGGCACGCUGGACAUUUUUCACGCGCUUUUUGGCUGACAGAGGGACGCGGACGGCGCGCGCCACGAUGGAUUUGUUUGCUUUAAAACUGUGUUUAGAGUACAAAUUACGCUGAUUUGUGACCAGGUUGCAGCGAUCGCAGCUUCUGGUUUCCACGGUAGAAGAAGUAUCUCGCAUCAGCCAGAACUUGCGUGCACUGUGCGCCACGAUCAGCCCGAUAUUCUUGAAGAGUCGAGUGAACGCAACCCGGCGUUUGGAUUUCGGGCUCCAGACGUGUUGCCCGAAAGUAAUCCAGAACUGUAAAAAGAAAAGAAAAAAAAAAAGACUGAAAAGAGGGACUUUAACCUGCAGCUUUGCCACAAAACAGACCGAGUGAAAACCAAACAGGAGGAGAAGAACUGUGUUUUCUUCACAAUCGAGCGGGGAAGAUGGAUUUAUUCCUAUGGCUCUGUGGAUGUAUUCUGGCUUUUCUUUUGCCUUCAGGUGUAAAAGCACAGGAAGUGGCAUCCGAGCCAUGCGGUGGCCUUCUCGACGCCAGCGAUGCCGGCUACAUCACCACCCCCGGCUACCCGCUGGAGUACCCCCCCCACCAGAACUGCCGCUGGAUCAUCACAGCCCCCGAGCCUUCGCAACGCAUCGUCCUCAACUUCAACCCACACUUUGAAAUAGAGAAGCUGGACUGCAGGUACGACUACGUGGAGAUCCAUGACGGAAACUCUGAGUCAGCCGACCUGCUGGGGAAGCACUGCAGCAACAUCGCUCCUGCGCCGAUCAUAUCGUCAGGGCCGUCGCUACACAUCAAGUUCGUGUCUGACUACGCCCACCAGGGGGCAGGGUUCUCUCUGCGCUACGAAAUCUUCAAGACAGGUUCAGACUGUUCCCGGAACUUCACCAGUCCCUCGGGUCUUAUCGAGUCCCCGGGCUUCCCUGACAAAUACCCCCACAACCUGGAGUGCUCCUUCAUCAUCAUUGUCCCCCCCAGCAUGGAUGUGACCCUCUCCUUCCUCACCUUCGACCUGGAGAACGACCCCCUGCCCGGCGGAGAGGGGGACUGCAAGUACGACUGGCUGGAAGUGUGGGACGGGCUCCCCGGAGUUGGUCCUCUGAUUGGCCGAUACUGCGGAACCAGGGUGCCUCCUGAGAUCCAGUCUUCGACUGGGAUCCUCUCUCUGUCCUUCCACACCGACAUGGCUGUGGCCAAAGACGGCUUCUCAGCUCGAUACAACAUGACGCACAAGGAAGUCAGUGAAUCUUUCCACUGUAGUAAUGCCUUUGGUAUGGAGUCAGGAAAGAUCACAGAUGACCAGAUCACCGCUUCGUCCAGUUUUUACGAUGAUCGCUGGCUGCCGCGUCAGGCCCGGCUCAAUUACAACGACAACGCCUGGACACCCAACGAAGACAGCAACAGAGAGUACAUACAGGUGGACCUCCACACUCUGAAGGUGCUGACAGGCAUCGCCACACAGGGCGCCAUUUCCAAGGAAACUCAGAAGGCCUACUAUGUUACCUCCUUCAAGCUGGAGGUCAGCACUAACGGGGAGGACUGGAUGGUCUACAGACACGGCAAGAACCACAAGGUUUUCCAUGCCAACACUGACCCAACAGAGGUGGUUCUCAAUCGGAUCCCGCAGCCGGUCCUGGCCCGCUUUGUUCGCAUCAGACCUCAGACUUGGAAAAAUGGCAUUGCGCUGCGUUUUGAGCUGUACGGCUGUCAGAUAACGGAUGCUCCUUGCUCAGAGCUGCAAGGCAUGUUGUCUGGCCUGCUCCCCGACUCGCAGAUCUCCGCGUCCUCCAUGAGGGACAUCCACGGCUCCAUGGGGGCCGCCAGGCUGGUGGCCAGCCGGUCGGGCUGGUUUCCCAACCCGACUCAACCCAUCGCUGGAGAGGAGUGGCUUCAGGUGGACCUCGGUGUGCCCAAGAUGGUGCGCGGCAUCAUUACCCAGGGCGCACGAGGGCUGGAGGGCAGCACCAGCGCCGAGAACCGAGCAUUCGUCAGAAAGUACAAGCUGGCGCACAGCGUGACGGGCAAAGAGUGGACCUACAUCACAGACAGCAAGACUGGAUUUGCGAAGAUUUUUGAGGGAAACAGCCACUACGACACCCCGGAGGUGCGGCGGUUCGAGGAGAUAGUCGCCCAGCACAUACGAGUCUUUCCGGAGCGGUGGUCUCCCGCUGGCAUCGGCAUGAGGAUGGAGGUCCUUGGCUGCGACCUUCCAGAAACCACCACCAUACCCGACACUGCGACGCCCACCUCGCCAAGGGUAGAGCAGACAACUCCUGCACUGAGACCCGCCACCACUCCAUCCCUGUGGGCCGUGUGUGACUUCGAGCAGAGCUUGUGCGGGUGGUCGGCGGACCCGCAGUCAGGUGUGAGCUGGACCCUGCACACGGCCAGCAGCAGCUCCACCGGACACGGCGCGCACGGAACCAGGCAGGACCUGGCGCUGGGAUCAGACAACUUUUCAGGGAACUACCUCCACCUGGAUGCAGGCGCCCACACCCAGCGCAAAAGAGCCAGGCUGCUGAGCCCCGAGGUGGGGCCGGAGCAAGGGCCGCUCUGCCUCCUCUUCUACUACCAGCUGCAGGGGGAGGCGCAGGCCAGCCUGAGGGUCCUGCUGCGGGACAGUGACCAGGAGGAGACGCUGCUGUGGGUGCUGAAGGGAGACCAGGGCCUUCACUGGAGAGAGGGCCGAACGGUCCUGCCCCAGAGUCCCAAAGAGUAUCAGGUGGUGUUUGAGGGCUUCUUUGAUCACCCAACAAGAGGCCACAUCAGAAUAGACAACAUCCACAUGACCAGCAGCGUUGAGCUGGAGCAGUGCACACAGCCUCUCCCGGCCUUAACUCCAGGCAUCACCAGGGGUGCCAUAUCUGGGAUGGAGCCCACAGUAGACACAGUGGUGGUGCAGCCGGUCCCCGCCUACUGGUACUAUGUGCUGGCGGGAGUUGGCGCCCUCUUGCUGCUGGUCACGGUGACCGUGGCGGUGAUACUGUGCUGCCACCGGUACCACUGGGCGCCCAAGAAGACCAGCGGCAGCCACCAUCACUCAGUGAUGUACCACAACAGCCAGCAGCCUUAUCAGCAAGCUCCUCAAAACUGUUACCAGAACCAGAACCCCAGCUGUAAUCUAAACCAAAACCACCUCUACCCAGGCACUGGACAGAGUCUUGAACCCAUGCUCACCAUCACGCUGGAGAAAGACGACAACUAUGACUCCAGGUGCUGAAAACACUGAACUCCAGUCGAGGAUCGAAGCGAUUAAGAGCCAUGACAUUUUUCUUUAGCAGUUGCAGCUGUUCGUCAGUGACAAUCUACACGGCUCCCGUUGCGGAAGCCUGAUCCAAUUAGCCAGUCAUGAUGCUCUAAAUUAGUUGGCUGGAAUCUCACCGCCAUCACUCACUGAAGAGGCCGGCAGACAGAAGUUAGUCUGCAUGUCUGAAGGCCAAAGACGGAUAACCUCCUGAUAACAUUUUAGAUCAGUUCUGCAGGAGGCGAUUCUGACGUCGACAUCUGCACUCCGAUCUGAAAAUAAAGUGGAUAAUGGACAUCCAUGGACUGCAUGUAUAUGGAGUUUACACUGUCAGCCUUGUAACAGCGUACCCUCUAAAUGUCAGAGCAGGAAAUGUCUGUCCUGCUCUGCUCUGAUCUGUGGCUUGGACACCGGCUGGCCUCCAGAUAUCCUGUCUGACGGGGAGGGGAUUUACACACAGGUAGAGGAGACGAAUUGUGUUUGUGUGCAGCAUUAAGAGUGAUGGCUGUUUCUUUGGGGCUGAACGAAAGAGCAGUCCAUUUUUCCACCAGCCUGUAAGAGACAGAGACAGUAAAACACCGACAAAGGACAAAGAAAGUAUGGAAAGCAUCAGGGCGGCGUGUCCAACCGGGUUCGUCAGAAGCUGUAAAACAGCUUGGAUCCGAACUCAGAGGCUCAAACAUGCACACUUUAAGAUACGCCCAAGCAUGUCUUGGUGUGUGCACGUCUCCCAUAUGUUUGAUUACAUCCUGGAUAUGCCUUUCAAAGGAACGGUUUUCAAAGUAUUACCUCUUCACCUCAGGACGAGGUGCUGCCUCAGCGUCCAGUAAGAGUGCGACUGGAUGCAGCUGUACUCUUGAAGUUUGUUGCCUGGAUCUCGUGGAUAAUCCGAUGCCUGUGUCUGUUCAUGUUUCAAUAAACAUCUCUGUAUGUCCUGCGUAGAUUAGACUGUGUGAAUGAAGCAAAGUAGAAAACACAAUCAUGGGAUUUCCUUGUCAUCAUGAGCAAGUACAGCGUUUUUUGCGGUGUUUGUGUGUGUGGAUUUUUUUUUUACAUGUUGUUGUGAAAGUUAAUUUUAUUCUCAGUUCAUUGGUUUGGAAUUGUGACAAAAACCUUUCUUCUGGGCCUCUAAAAUGGCCGCUGAUUUGUUUCUCUUGAGCGUGUGAGACCAAACAUCCUGUAACAUUACUUAUGAUGCUUUUUCACAAAUCAUCCUCGCAGUAUAUUUUUGAGAUUUAAUUCAAACAAAAAUUCUAUUUUUAUGUACAUAUAUGCAUCGGUGCAGGGUGCGAUUUGUGACACAACCAGAGGGAGGGAUGUCGGAAACACGGGAUCUGAGCAGAGGGUUUCCCAGCAUGCUCUAUUCUGUGUAUCUUUUGGGAAGGUGUCAUGACAAAAAGGGAAUAGCUGGUUUAAAAUUGAUGAAAGAUUUAAGAAAUAGACCUGAAUGUAAAUAAAGGUGGCGGACUCUUCACAAUAAUUUAUUAUAUGUGGAUCAUAACAGUUAUUAAUAAUAUUUUUCAUGGCGAAAUGACGGAAAGACACCACUUGACACGAGCUGCAGUGUGUGCAGCACUUCUUUGACCCUUUUCGUCCGGUUUUCAGGGAGGUGAAGGAGCUUUAGUGGCUAUGAAGAGGAGAUCAGUUCUAUCCCUCCUUGCAGUUAAACCGAAGUCGGGUAUUUCCUCCUCAUCCCUCCCAGCAAAUCGCACCCUGGAUGUGUGAACAGUUGCUCAACAAGUGUAACAUGAUCUGUUAUACUUUUUUCUUGUAACGUUGAGAACAUCAACAGCACUUUUCUCCUUAAGAUUCAUUUCACCGAAGGUUUCAUUCUUGUGUUUACUGUGAAUCUUUCUUUUCAGAGGUAUAAGUUGGUGCGUGUGCUUGCUGUAAGUAGGCCUACAUGUUUACGAUGUAUAGCUUUGCAAUGAUUGUUUUUAUACUCACUGUCAGAAGGAUGUUACUGGCGUUCACUGAGAGAUCUUAAUACAUUUUUUCUUGACUUAAAUUUGAUGUCAGUCCCGAGGCCGAAGCCAUGUUGACGCAACAAAUGUUUGUGCACGUUGCACAGCUUCCAGUUUGAUUCAAUCAGCACAAAACUGGAGCUAAUCAACAUGUUAUAAGGGGUUAAAAAAAAAAGAGAUUUAUUUCAGAUGUGUGUUUGUGAUAUUGCAGUGUACCACAGUGACGGUUGGUUUCCGGACCUCUCAGCAGCUCGCCAUCAUGUGCCGCGCGCCGCUGCCUCCCUCCGCAUCGGUUUGUUCAUGCCCGAAUCCCCCAGCCUUUUUUAUCAAAACCUGCUUGUUCCUAUUCGACUCCUUACCUUCAUCGCAAAUCCUCCUAGUGAAAAAAAGAAAAGAAAAGAAAAAAAAAACACAGGAGAGAAAAUGAGAGGCAAGAAAUGGAGGGGAGCAAAAAUCUCUCGGCAGACGAGGGCCCAUUAAGCGAGCCCCCUUUUUCUCCAAAGAAUGCGCCCAGAGAUGGAGGGAGAUGAAAGAAGCAAAAAAAAAAAAGAAGAAAAAGCUCUCUAUUCUUUCUAAAGAUAGAUUUUCUUUUACUAAGAGGGAGGCUAACAGGGAGGCAGGUUGGGGUUUGGAUUGAGCGAAAGAGAGAGAAUUGAAGGAGGAGGGCAGGUUGUUUCAAACACAAAAGCAGAUGAAAGAAGUCUUUUGGCAGAAUAGACAGAGUGAUGAGGACACACACUGUAUGCUCUGCACACACGCCGCCGUCUAACCGGAGGAUCCAGACUCCCACCAGACGCAGUCAUACACUAUCAUUGUUUUGUGCAUUUUAUUUACACCGCGGCUGUCCGCACGUAUUGACUCAUUUCAUCCUGCUGUGUCUUAUAAAAUGCAGUUUUGUGCUUUAGUCAACAAGUAUUUCUGCUAUUUUGUGCUUGCAUAUCAAUUUUCAGCCGUCCCAGCCCCUUUCGCUUCCAUUUCAAUCGACUCCUGCGUGUGAUUUACACAUUAUAUGACUCAUUCCAGCAGCCCCGUGCCAUAACCCAAUCAAUGCCGGUCCGAAUUCAAAUAGAGGAAUGAUGUAUGGCUGCAUUUAUGUUGUGCUACCCGUGCACUUUUCUCUUCCAUUCUCCCUCGCUCUAUCAAACUUUUUGCAAGAUUUGGAAAACGCGCUGGCGUCUUCUCAUGCAGCACUUUUAAAUCAACGUCCCCCUCAUUUCGCCCUCUCCCUUCUCCAUCACAGACUACUUUGAAGCCCUUUAAUAUUUCUAAUUAGUUAAUGGAACUGAUUGCAUUCAUAAAACCCUGCGGUAAGCAUUUCCAGCCCUCGGGCUGUCUCAGGUCUUUUUUUUUUUUUUUCAGUUUCUUCCCCUCCUCCUGUGUUUCCUAAAGAAAUAUCAUCAAGAUGAGCACUCUAACAGGUCCGCAGGCCCCCACUGGAACAGCAAACGGUGCCAAAGAGCCAUCCCUGUGCCUGCCUGAAUAAAAUAAUAAAAGCAAGACCCCCUUUUUAUUUUUCUCUUUACUAAUUGGAGAGCAGAGAUAAAAUGGGGCUACAGGGAGUUUUAAUCUCCUUUCAGAUCCGUGUGAUGAUUCUUCUCGGGAUCCUAGCCCGAGGGCUUCAAGCCAGGAUCAUUAGAAAGUGUUCAACAGUCAUCCAAAGAGUGUCCGAGCAUCUUUUUUCUUUUUCCCCCCCUGUGCUUCAUUUGCUGUCUGGCGGUAAGCGAUUUAAUGUUGCACCGAGGCCCGCAGUGACUUUACCCGGCGAUGAGAAAGGAGUGUUGGGAGCCUGGAGAGUUUACAUCAAGCUGGUAUAUUUACACAAUCAAAGACAAGAAAACUCUAUCCCUUUAUGAAGUGUACAUUAUCAUUAAAAAGUACCGGAACGCAACAUGUUUGAUUACAUAAUGACUGCUGGGAUUUUCGGCUGCACUGAUUUUACAGCUACAGCAGAAGUGUUUAUGAUCCUGGUCACAGUCUGCUGCUGCCUGGAGGUUUUCACGCUGCCUUUCUUUGCAGUGAAGUCAGACAGAUACUUUAUUUGAAAGCUUGUAUUUCUCUCUUCUUUUGGCUUCUCCGUCUUGUGAUUUUACCUGAUUCGUUUCUUUAAUUGUGGUGACGUGAAAUCUCCCUUUCAAGUGCAUCCAAGCGAAGAGUUUUUAUAUAACCGACGUUGAUAAUGACAUGAAAAUGGAAUUGUUACGUUGCUUUUUGUAUUUCAGUAUUUAUUUGAAGAUUUGUCUUGAUCAUUCUCAAACACGACUUUAGCAAAGGGUGAACCUGAACGAGUUUGACGCCACGCCGCAAUUCAGUUUCAGUAAAAUCAGCCUGGUUGGAGGAAAUCCCUCAAACAUUCACACCUGGCUUCAGCCACAUCACUGUUAUCACCACUCUUGUGCACUUUCUCUACCUUUGUGAAAAAAGCGACCUCAAAUCUUCUGAUUGUUUUUUUGCUGUUGUUAAUUUUAUUGACUUGCGCUGGGUUUUUUUGCUGUCUUGCACUUUGAGCACACUAAAUCCAACAUGCAAAGCCGACAGAGAGACAUUAACGUCGGUGAAGUAAUGAAAUCCUGAAGCUUUCAGCAACUGAAACAUACUGCAUUUUAAUCGGUUGUUGUAAAGUUCAACUCAAAUGUUGAAGGUUUUUCAAAAGUAUUUUCCAUUUUAGUUUCAAUUUAACAUUUACAUUAGAAAGCAGGUAUGAAAACCUUUGAUUUAUUUUUUGUGGAGUUAUCAGUGUUUGGGAAUACAUUAUCUCGGAGAAGGCGAAUCUGUGUUCUCAACUAGUGGUUUCUAACCUGAGGCCCACCUUGGGGUCGAGGGUUUGCCUACUCUGAACGCUUUCCGUAAUUAAAGCCUGUUGCUUUCAUGUUAAAGGCUCCUGCUGUCAUAUAAUGGGGGUGUUCACAUGUGUUUGGCUUCACUGCAUUAUUUUGUUCAGUGAGAGAUCAGAAAGGAGGUCUGGCAAGGAAAACCACCACAUCUGAAACAAAUUAUCUCAUUGGCUUCAACUGAGGAAAUAAAGAUCAGUAUCUUUUUUAUUUAUACCUGCCAAAUGGGUUUUUCACCUUUUAUCUUAUGAAUAUCUAUGACAUUUUCACUUCAUAAUGUAUUUUUGGUUUCUUUGCCUGAGCAAUAACUGACUAUCAGCUGCUCAGAUAUUGCUGCCUUUUUUUUCUGGAGACUAAUGUCAAUUUCCUCCAGUAAAAGAAAGAAAGAAAAAAAAAAACUCGACUGAAGCAGAAUUGAGCUUCCAAUCCUUCGAAGCCUUGCACUCCGGCCUGCCUCAGAAAUCAUAAAGUGGUGUUUUAGCUUGUUGAAUUUCAUGGUCUUGGAAAUGAAAUGAA